UGCUAGGAGGUGACACUUCCUGCCGGGUUUGCAGUGAAUCUUCUGCAGCUGCUUGGGUUGCAGCUGAUGCUCAUUCUGCAGCGGGCGGCAAACCAUGGAGCGCCCUGGACCGAGCGAAGUAACAGGCUCAGACGUAUCAGGACCGGAUCCGCAGCUGGCGGUCACCAUGGGCUUCACGGGGUUCGGAAAAAAAGCUCGCACAUUUGAUUUGGAAGCAAUGUUUGAACAAACUCGAAGAACCGCUGUGGAAAGAAGUCGGAAAACACUGGAAGCAAGAGAAAAAGAGGAAGAAAUGAACAGAGAGAAAGAAUUAAGAAGGCAAAGUGAAGAUACUGAACCAAUACCUUCAGGCUCAAAUGUGGUCAGAGAUUGCUCUAAAUCAUCUUCCAGUGAUACAAGCAGCACUGGAAGUGAAGAGAGUUCCGAUUCUUCUGAUGAUGAGUUAAUUGGCCCUCCUUUACCUCCUAAAAUGGUGGAAGAACCAGUUACUCAUAUGGAGGAAGACAUCAGUCGUUUACCACCACCUCUCACUGAAGAACAGGAAGAAGAAGAAGAAGAAGAUGAUGAUGAUGAUGAUGAUGAUGAUGAUGAUGACGACGACGAUGGUGAUUCAGAAGAGGAAGAAAAUCCUGUCCAAAAGAUCCCUGACUCUCAUGAGAUAACGCUAAAGCAUGGUACUAAAACUGUUUCUGCUUUGGGUUUGGAUCCCUCAGGUGCCCGUUUGGUGACGGGAGGAUAUGACUAUGAUGUUAAGUUUUGGGAUUUUGCUGGAAUGGAUGCUUCUUUUAAGGCAUUUCGAUCCCUUCAACCCUGCGAAUGCCAUCAGAUCAAGUCAUUACAGUACAGUAACACAGGAGACAUGAUUCUUGUUGUAUCUGGAAGCUCUCAAGCCAAAGUGAUUGACAGAGAUGGUUUUGAAGUAAUGGAAUGUAUAAAAGGAGACCAGUACAUUGUAGACAUGGCCAACACCAAGAUACACAGAUACUUACCACAUGUUACAAUUGCCUACGGUAUUCAGUACAGCAAUAGGCUAUACCUCACAGCCCAGAUUCAACAUGAGGAAGAUUCUCAUAUGCUGGCUUGGAAGAUGGAAGAAUCAUCUGGCAAAGAAGGCUUCUGGAUGCUGAGAGCAGCCCUCAACAGACAGACAACAAGGCAGGCAUCUUAG